UUAAGACAAAAGUUACUGUAAUAACCUUUCAAAAUUGCGAGUUUUGUACGGAAACUUUUUCAAAUUAGUGAUAGCUGUGAUUCCAUUGCUAUUUGCAUUCCAUUUGGAAAGCAGAUAAGCAGGGGGUGUAGUAAAUCUGAUCAGCAGUCAUUUUCUACAACUCCGCUGCAUAAUCAUGCAAAAAAAUUUCAUUGCAAAUUGUACGAAGAGGAAAAAAAUUAUAAAAUGGAAUGUUCUUCAGCUGCUCAAGGAAGUUCAAAAUGUAGUUCAUUGAUUUCAAAGAAGAAGUGCGAAAUGCAAAAACAGAUGUCUGUUGAAAAUAGUUUUACAUUAAAGAAGAUAUGGGAUAUUAAUGAUGAAAAGUCUAAGCAAAUUCAUAGAAAAAUUGCUAUUAUGAUUGCUUUAGAUAAUCGACCAUUUAGUAUAACCGAGGAUGAUGGAUUUUAUUGGUUUAAUGGCUUUUUUACAACCAAGAUACCUAAUUCCAAGUAGGCAUUGUUUUUCAGAUUUUUAAUGAAAUUGCUAAGUCACAGUACAUAAGUUUUACUUCAGAUAUUUGGACUUGUCCGACAUCUCAUGAAACAUUUAUUUCCUUAUCAGGACAUUGGAUUAAAAAAAAUUUUGAGCACAAAGAUGCUGUACUCUAUGCUUCACAUUUUCCAGAAGCUCACACAGGGAUAAACAUAGCUGGAAAAUUUAUAAAUAUGUUAGAAAGCUGGGAAAUUAAUGCACCAAGAAGACAUAUUUUAGUCAAAGAUGGUGCUGCUACUAUGUCACUAGGCUGUAAACUUAUUCAAAUAUCAUCAGUCCAUUGCACAAUCCACUUAUUGCAACUCGUGAUAAAGGCAUGUACAGAAUUUAAGUUACUGCUACAACAACAAAAUGAAAACACACCUCUACUUUUGGUUCAAGAUGUGCCUACUCGCUGGAAUAGUGCGUACUUGAUGUUAGAGCAACUUCAAAAACUUAAAAGAGCAGUUCAAAUGUAUUUAGCUGAUCAUAAUGAAUUGCCAACAUUUGCAUCAAAUGAUUGGAAAUUCAUUGAAAAUUUAUUAUAUGUUUUAAAGCCUUUUUAUGAACUUACUAAUGCUAUGAGUUCUGAACUUUGUAGUUUAUCAACAGUAGUUCCGAAUAUAUGUACUUUACAAAGAUUUUUAUCAAAAAUUGAUCAAAAAGAUGAUGCAGUUCAAAUAACAAAUCAACUUAUAGAAUCUUUAAAUAAGAGAUUCUUUUCUCAUGAUAAUCUCAAUAUAACAGAUGAUGAAAGAUAUGUUUUACCCACCAUUAUUGAUCCAAAUUUCUUCCUGUUGAUAAGAGAGCACAAGCAAGAUCAAUGCUAUUAGAUGCUGUAGUAAAAAAUCAAAGAAAUAUAACUGGACUUUCACCAGUUGUUAUUAAUAGAGCUACCAGCUCCACCGCCACUAUCUCCAAUCAUUUAAUGCCAAAUUCCAAAAAAAAAAAAGUUGAUUUGGAAGAGAAUGACUUUAACUCCUGCCUUUUAGAACUUGCAGAGUAUGAAGGAAAUUUAGAACAAAAUAGUAAAACAAAUCCUGAUCAAGUCUCGCUUGUAAAAGCUGCUCAAGAAGUUGAUUUUUUCUUUAAUCACUCGAUUAUAGAAAAAAAAGAAGACGUUUUUAAUUACUGGAAACAUGAAGAGAAGUUUCCACUUCUAAAAGAGUUAGCUCUUAAAUUAUUAGCACCUCCAGCAUCCUCUGUAUUUUCGGAGCGAUUGUUUUCCGAAUAUGGAAAUAUUUUCGAGAAAAAGCGAUCGAGGCUGUUACCUCAAUGUGGAGAAAUGUUACUAUUUAUUCAUCAUAAUGGAAAUAAAUUUAUAAAUGAGUGAUAAACUGAUGUGUUUGUUGCAUUUAAAUUUAAUUGUAU